AUUCAAAGAUACUCGCGACCGGCUCGAACGAGAGUUGGCGUUGCAGGUAUGACGAGAAUGGAUGGUGUCGCCUGACCUUGGCCGAGCGGCGUCAGUCAGCGGCUGGCCGCCAGUGGGGAAGGUUGUGCGCCCGGGCGCGCUCUCGCUGUACGCCACAGGUCACCGUCAGCUCGCGCGCUCCGGCAGCCUGCAGUGUCUGUCCAGUCGGUCGGGCCGCUCACAGCGCCAGCGGCCGCUCAGUCAGCCCAGCCAGCCAUGGGGUCCGUGGCCGAGUUCUACCGCGGUAAAGCGGUACUCAUUACCGGUGGCACAGGAUUCAUGGGAAAGGUGCUGCUAGAAAAACUCUUGCGUUCUUGCCCGGGUGUGACCAAACUAUAUGUUAUACUGCGACCGAAGAGGAACAAAAGCGUCAAUGAACGCCGGGACAUGCUGCUCAAAACUCAGAUUUUCGAUUACCUGAAGAAGACCGACCCGGCGCAACUGGAUAAGGUGGUGGCCAUUCCGGGCGACGUCAUGCAGCCCGGCCUGGGCAUCUCAUCGGCCGACCGGCAAACGCUCGAGGAUGAGGUCAGCAUUGUGUUCCACUCAGCAGCAACAGUCAAAUUCGACGAAGUCCUCAAAGUUUCAGUUACCAUGAACGUCAAAGGCACACAGUCAUUGCUACAUUUGGCGAAACGGAUGCGAAAUCUUGAGGCCUUCAUCCACGUGUCGACAGCGUACUGCAACUGUGACCGGGAGGUGAUUGACGAGGUGGUCUACCCCAGUCCGGCCGACCCCAAAAAGGUCAUGGAGAUGGUCGAGUGGCUCGACGACGACGUGCUCGCCGACAUCACGCCCAAGUUGCUGGGUAACCGGCCAAACACGUACACAUACACCAAGGCGCUGGCCGAGAGCCUGAUCGUCUCCGAGUGCGAGGACAUGCCGGUGGCCAUUGUGCGGCCUUCCAUAGUGACCUGCGCCUGGAAGGAGCCGCUGCCGGGCUGGGUAGACAACUUCAACGGGCCGACGGGCAUGAUCGCCGGCGCCGGCAAGGGCCUGAUGCGCACACUGCUCUGCCACGAGGACCUGGUGGCCGACGUGGUGCCCGUGGACGUGCCCAUCAACCUGAUGAUCACGGCUGCCUGGUACACGGCCGUCAGAAGCCCGCGGCACCCGACCGUGUACAACUGCGCGUCCGGCAGCAUCCGGCCGAUCCGGUGGCGCGAGGUACGCGUCUGGGGCGAGCUCGAGCUGCGCGAGAACCCCAUGUGCAACGUGCUCUGGUACCCGGGUGGCAGCUUCACCAGCUCGCCGCUGGCCAACAAGUUCUGGGUGGUGGUGUGCCACUUCAUCCCGGCCUACAUCCUCGACGCCGUCAUCAUGCUCUGCGGACACAAGCCACUGCUGGUGCGCAUCCACAAGCGGAUGCUGAAGGCGUCCAACUGCCUGACCUACUUCACCACGCACCAGUGGACGUUCAAGUCGAACAACGUGCUGUCUCUUCUGGGCGAGAUGUCCGAGCACGACCGGCAGGAGUUCCACUUCGACAUGAAGGAUCUCGACUGGCGGAAGUACCUGGCCAUCUAUUGCAUCGGCGUGCGCCGCUUCAUCCUGAAGGAGGACGAUGACAUGGAGAAAUCGCGCCGCCACCUGCGCAGGAUGUACUACGUGCAGGAGGCGUGUCGUCUGCUGUUCUUCCUGCUGACGUGGCGGACGCUGCUGAACCGCUCGGAGACGGCCCGCGCCCUCUGGUCGUCGCUGCUGACGCUGCUGCGCAGCAUGAUGCCGGCCGUGCUGGCGCCGCUCACCAGCUAGCUCGCUGGCCCCGUGCAGCGGCGCGGCCGCCCGGCUGCCCGUCCGGCCGGCGCGCAGUGGACCCUCGUCACCGCCUCCAUCGCCCGUCUCUCGGCCGCCGACAGUCGCCGAGCGCGAGUCCAAAUCCCGACACACGUCCGCUGAACCGCACACAGCCAGAGACAGAUCGCCAUACCGCUGCUGGCUGCGCCGGAGGGCAUGCGUGCACUAGUCCAAGGACAUAUACACUGCUGAUCGAUAGAAAAUCCGGUACUGCGCCGGUGCUGCAGCCCAGGGGGCGGCGCCCCCUCCGCUGAGGGGGGCGGCCGCUCCCCGGCCGGUGCUGGCUGAGCACCGCGCCGCGCACGGACGCACACACUGCAGGCUCAACGAGUGUGAAAUCAAAACGACGCUGGCCGCCGCAGGCUGGCGACGAGCGAAUCGACGUACACGUGCGACCGAAUGAGUGCCGCCGGCGCCCCGGACACUAGUGGGCGCCGGCAGAGCGAGCGAGCGAGCCGAAUGACUGCCGAGCUGGAUGCCUGUGAGUGUCCUGCGUGCGCCUCGCGCUUGUGUGACAAAUUGACUGUUGAACGGUUGGCUGGCUAGUUAAAUAUUUAGGAGAGCGUGUGAUGAGCGGAACGGUUAAUUAUAUCGGAGUGAAUGAGGCCUGCUUGCAGUUGCGUGGACCAGCCGAGAGCGCGCGUGGAAGGUACACACCGCGUUCGGUGUUUUUAUGCUCAGAGUUGAACUCUCCUUUACAGAGUUGAAUGGUUUCUGUUGAGGCAGCCAUGUCCGUCCGUCAGAGCGUUAUCGGAGUUGAACGUUAUCGGCUCAUAUCGGAGCGCUUUCUGUUCGAGUUGUGCGCUGUCCGUUGCGAGCCGAGUGUUUUUUGGUUGCCGAGUUGUGUGCGUGACGCCUUGCGCCGCCCAUGUGAUGACUCCUUGUUAAGAACGCACAGUGCAUGAGACCAAACGCUCCCGACCAAUGUCUGUAGAUUUAAGUGGUUAACUUUAAGCUCUGUUUCUGCGCUGCCGAUGACUUGCUCACUCUCACGGGUUUCAGCGCGCGUCCGGCAGCGCGUUCGACUCCGGGCCCGUGCGGUCCGUCCCGCGCGCGCGGCGCAGCUUCUGACCCCGGCACAGGGCGCGCCCGUUUGUUGUUGACUUCCGUCCGAACCCAGGGUGCUCGGGGGCGCAGCGACCGCCGGCGCCCCGGGCGCCCUCGACGGCGCCCCGGGCGCCGGCCGGCCGGGCGCCCUCUGAGAGCUGUACAUAGCUGCGCUGCCGCGUGGCCGCGUUAUAUUUUUCCUCAAUAAAUCAGGACGAGACGA